CAAAAGAUUAAGUUUAGCAGCUUCAGAUGCUGCCAUAAAUAAAUGUUUACAUGCAUCUGGCUUCUUUAUGAAAUGAUAUGUGCUCCUGGUAUUGUUGUUUUAUGUUUGGUAAUAACUUUGAAUCGGUAAAUAUGUGGGCCUUGUUUAUACAUGUGAAACAGACCGUACAUGCGUGUUGUGUGCUCGAGCGUCAGAUCGCAAGUUCGGCGCGCACCUCGUGGCCUGACGGUAGAUUCACGUUGAUAGAGUAAAUAACGUUAAACAAGUGUCCACAUCUUGCAGUACUCACUUAUUUAAAGAUAAUGUUAAAAGUAUGGAGGGUUGAUACAGGGAUGUCUAAAUUACGUUCCGCGUGUCACGAUCUGGGCUGGUCCGGAUUUAGUUUUGUCAUGAUGUUGUAAAAUAGCGGUUGCAUGAUAUUUUAAUUUUGUGGGUUUAACAUUUUAACCGAAAUCCACCAAAGUUUUGUUAUUCGUGCGAUUGUGACGUUAAUUCGUUUUGUGGUCGAACACAUAUGGCCAAAACAGAAUUUGUAUACGUUUGUAUAUAUACUUUAGAUACGUCCUUUAAAUUCGCUCACAUCGGUGUUAUAUAAGUCAAUGCAAAAGUGAUUGUUUGAAAAACCUUGUAUUUUUGUGGUCACGUUAUACAGAGAAAAUGAAUAAUAUUUUCGUCAAUUUUGAACUGGCGUUGAAGUGAACACUCUUGUUACGUCAAGGGGCGUGGUCUGUCAUCUGUCUAGCGUGGCGAGUUUGCACCGCUUGAGCUGUUGUUUAUGUGAAGAGAGACGUCUUGAUAUGACUUAAAUACUUUAAAAUUUUUAGGAAGCACAUAUGCUGAGGGCUAGUACCCAUUUCUUAAGACUCGAAAAAGGUGCAGACUGUUAAAAUAAAUAUAUGUAUAAUAAAACUACUUUUAUCUCUCAGUGAAACUUGAGACGUCUGUUUUUGACGUCACGGAACGUCUGUUGUUUUGUACACGCUGGAUCGUAUGAAACGACCCUCUUUGACUAUUAUGUUUUGAGAUUAUACAAUUAAAGAUUUCUUGAUCACCUCAAGACAACGGCAGCCGAUGAUGAAGCGAAGCCGUGUCCCAAGCACCAGUGAGGAUUCAGACAAUGGAAGUAACUCCACAUCCUGGUCUCAGCACUCCAAGCACAGGAAACAGAAUGGAAAGAGACCUUCAGAGGUGUUCAGGACAGACCUUAUCACUGCUAUGAAGUUGCAUGACUCAAGCCAGCUGAAUCCAGAAGAUUAUUAUGAGCUGGCUGAUCCCUGGCGACAGGAGUGGGAGAAAGGAGUUCAAGUGCCCGUCAGUCCUGACUCCAUACCGCAACCAAAAGUGCGUACUGUAGCUGAGAAAUGUCCCACUGCUCUGUUCGUCAGACCGAAGAAGCUGAUUCGCUCUUCUGAGUCAUCGAUGCUGGGCUAUGUGGGUAUUCAGGCUCUAGCUGAGGGCAUGUGUCGAUAUGAUCUGAAUGAAGAGGACGUAGCUUGGCUAGAGAUUGCUAAUGCAGAGUUCAGUAAGAUGGGUAUGCAAACCCUGGAUGAGCUGACAAUGGAGCGGGUCAUGGAGGAGUUUGAAAGGCGUUGCUAUGACAACAUGAAUCACGCCAUGGAGACAGAGGAGGGGCUUGGAAUCGAAUAUGAUGAGGAUGUGGUCUGUGACGUCUGCAAGUCACCUGACGGCGAGGACGGCAACGAGAUGGUGUUCUGUGACAAGUGCAACAUAUGCGUGCACCAGGCAUGUUACGGUAUACUGAAGGUUCCGGAGGGCAGCUGGCUCUGCCGUACUUGUGCGCUGGGCAUCUUUCCCAAGUGCCAUCUGUGCCCUAAGAAAGGCGGAGCCAUGAAACCCACCCGCAGCGGAACCAAGUGGGUGCACGUCAGCUGUGCUCUCUGGAUACCAGAAGUGAGCAUUGGUAACCCUGAGAAGAUGGAGCCUAUCACUAAUGUGUCUCAUAUACCCGGCAACAGAUGGGCGCUAAUUUGCUGUGUGUGUAAAGAGAAAACAGGAGCUUGUAUACAGUGUUCUGCCAAAAGUUGCCGUGUGGCUUUCCACGUGACCUGUGGUCUACAUUAUGGUUUAAAGAUGAACACAAUCCUAACAGAGGCGGACGAGGUCAAGUUUAAAUCCUUUUGUCCUAAGCACUCGGGCAUGGACUGGAGUGAGGAAGAGGGAGAUGAAAUUAGACCAUUGAAAGAACAAAGAGAGAAAAACAAAGGGCUUGAUUUCUCUUCCGAACCCAAAACCGCCCAAAACCAAGAAGAGACGAGAAUUAGCGAGCGAAAGCUACGAGUGCAACAACUCGAGGAUGAGUUCUAUCGCUUCGUCGCCCCUGAUGAGGUUGCCGAACAUCUGCAGUUGCCUCUGGAACUGGUGGACUUCCUUUUCCAAUAUUGGAAGUUAAAACGAAAGGUAAACUUUAACCAGCAACUGAUAAUGCCCAAGAAGGAAGAAGAAGACAGCCUUGCCCGGCGGGAACAGGAAGUGCUUUUGCGACGACUUCGCCUUUUCACCCAUUUGCGACAGGAUCUUGAGCGGGUGCGUAAUUUAACAUACAUGGUCAGUCGUCGGGAGAGGAUAAAACGAACCUUGUGUCGAGUACAGGAGCAGAUCUUUCACCAUCACAUUAAACUGCUCGAGCAGGGGCGGGUUGCUGGUGUAUCUUCUACUAGACGUUUGGAGGAGGCUAUGUUUUACUUCCGAACGGCACCUUCAGUGCCAGCUUCCCCCCAACCUCUGAAAGGACACUGCGGGCAGAACAGUGCACUGGGGUCCACAGUUCAGACUCACGAGAAGGGUAGCAACCAUUACAGAAUAUCAAAACAGGCCUCAGUUCAUAUGACCAGGCUGGAGGGCUUGGUAAUAGACAAGUUUUAUAAUUCUGAGGGAGUCAUUCAUUCCAACUCUGGAGGUUACAAGGUUUCGAAAAACGAGGCAGCAGCAUCAGCAUCAGCUACAGCAAAACGUACAGAGUCCAGGCUGAGAGGGAAUGUUGCUCAUAGAAAAGAUGAGACUGAGUGCCCCCUAGAAGACAGGAGGAGGAGAAACAAGCUAUUGGAGCAGGUGUCUGUGAAAGAUAAACUGAGGCAGUCAAAGCUCCUGGAGGAUACAGUGAAGAAUGAAGUGGAGGAAAGCGAUAUGAAUGACACACCAACAACAUACAAUGGAUCGCCAAAAAAGACAAAUCCAAGCCAGCAUCAGAGAAAACUUGUGCCAAAUGGGAGACAUCUGAAAAACUGGGGCAGUUUCAGAAUUCCCAAAAGGAGUGAGAGAACAGCGGGGGGUAACGGUGGACAGGAAGAAAGCGACGACCUAAAUUCUUCCCUUAUGGAAACUAAUGCAACUCCCACUUCUUCCUCGUCCCCGAUUAGAACCCGACUAAGGACAGGCAGUGAGAACCGAAGUCACGUGGGAGACUCUGAGCAUGGCCAGUCGGAGCAGGGGAAAAGGUGUCACACCCAAAGACUUCGAAGUCAUGAUCCAAUUACUGGACGUUACGGUUCUGAUGUCAUCCAACGUGGAGUUCUUGCGUCAUGAAAAUGAUAUGACAUUUAGUGUCAAGAAAUAUAUAUAAUUUUGUUAAUUUGCUCUUGAGUAAAAUCAGCACUUCAACUAGUGGAACAAUAUUUAUUUUUCUAAUCUGUGAUAUAUCUGAUAUUGCUAAAACUAUCAAUUUUUGUGUGUAUACCCUUUCCAAUAGUUUCAAUGCUUUGGCUUUAGUGUGCAAAGCAUACAUGGAGAGGUUUCAAAGAGACCUGAUGAAGAAUAAAUAUAUUCUUAAUUUUGAGUUCAACCCUUUAAAUCAGGUCAAAAGAACUGGCAAUAUAUAGUUGAUUAUGAGAUAUUACCAGCGUAAAAAAAUAUUGUACGGCCCAACCGUCUUAAAGGAAUAGUUCAUUCAAACACUCACCAUUGUAGGAAUCAAAAUACUAUGGUCAAGUCAGCGGGGACCAUUUUUGGGUGAACUAUUCCUUUAAGUCCCCUAGAAUUACUGCACUUAACUGAGCACUUAAUUUUCUGACCACAAAAAGUGCACAAAAGUUAGAUAAGUUUGUUUUUAUUUAAUUCUCAGUAUUCUGCUAACUUUAAAGGCCAUCUUGUGUCACAUACGUGACAUGUGCCAUAGUUCUGGUACCUUUUACUUCUCAGGUAAAUUCUACUUGUAUGUGUUCUUUAAUUUAUAGUGUCAUGUUUUGUGAUUUUUUUCCUCUCUUUCAAAUGAACCAAGUGUGUAACAGGUCAAUGCCUUAUGUUCUCUUUUUGGUCAUGAAGUAAUACCUUACCUGGAAUUCAUAAAAACUUUUUAGGCUUACAAUAUUCUUCAGCAAUAGAUGGACACUUUAGAUUCAAAAAGAUUGAUCCACACUUCAAAAUGAAUUCUUGAGGACUGAAACCAUUAGCAGCUUUGAUCAGGAACUUCAUUUCCAUGCAACAUCCAUUACCUUGAAUUCACUUUUGCACUCGAUAUUUCAAAAUAACAUAAAACACUAUCAUUGUUCUAAUAAACACACUGUUGCAUUGAAAGGACUAUUCUUCUUGACAUGGUUGCCUUGGAGUACUACUAAAAAAAAAAUGUGUUUUGAAAUAUUUUCUUUAAAGCUUGUAAAACGUCAGGCAAUUUGUGAGUUGAUCUCCUUCAAAAAAGUUUAUCUUGCCUGAGUGUUUUUGUGUUUUUUUUGUUGAAAUAUUGCACUAGAACAUUAGACAGAGAGCUUGCUAUAACUUCAACAUGGUUAUAUAAAUGGAACGCUGCUGUAUUUUUCUUCGUUCUUGUAUACUUUUGCGAUACUUUAGUUUUGUUGCAGAUUGUGAAUAAAUUUUCUUGAGGUUA